AUGCCGAGAUAUGGGAACUUUAACAUCCUUUUCAUAGGUACAUUUACUUUUAUUUUAUGUUGUACACUUACACUUAUGGUAAACAUAAACUCAAUCACAAAAACGUGCAAACUAGAUGACACAGAUAAAGAGCAUAAUAUCAUGAAUUCCAAAUAUCGAGGACCAGAUCUGAUUAUAAUUAUAUUAUCUGCGCCAAUAAAUGUGAAAAAAAGACAGCUGAUAAGAAACACUUGGACAAAGCUUUAUGGUAGGAAGCAGAAUAAUUUAGAACAAACUUUCAUAGUAAAAUACUAUUUUGUUAUUGGAAACGUUGGUCUGGAUGUACAUAUUAAGAAACAAAUGAGUGAUGAACAAAUGACAAACAAGGAUCUCUUGAUUUUGCCAAUCCUAGAUGAUUACAAAAACAUAACAUACAAGGUGAAACAGACAUUUCAGUGGUUAAGUGAUCAAUAUGAUUAUGGAAUGGAUUUCAAAUAUGUCCUAAAAUGUGAUGAUGACAGUUUUGUUCAUCUAAAAUCAUUAGUAGGUGAGCUUAUUGAAAUAGAAAAGCUGUAUUUGUCUCCACCAAGCUUAAAAUCAGUUAUUGAAGUGCUGAAGUAUAGUUCUGCUGAAACCAUGUCCGCAAACAUACAAGCAAAUAAUAAGGAUGGCCCAAACAAGUUGAAUCUUUACUGGGGGUACUUUUAUGGAAAUGCAAGGAUCUUUACAAAAGGAAAAUGGAAAGAAACAGAGUGGAUAUUUUCAGACAGAUAUAUGCCAUAUGCAUUAGGUGGUGGUUAUUUGCUAUCCAAGAAUUUAGUGACAUACAUUGGCAAGAAUGCUGAAAACUUGAGGACCUUCAAUGCAGAAGAUGUCAGUGUGGGGUUUUGGUUGGCUCCAGUGGAUAACAUUUUGAGAAUCCAUGACACUAGGUUCGAUACUGAAUGGAAAUCAAGAGGAUGCCAAAACCAACAUCUUAUUGUUCAUCAUGUAUCGCCUGAGGAGAUGUUACAGUAUUAUAAGAAUGUGGAGGAAAAUGGUGAGUUGUGUCAAGUGGAGAAAAGGAAGAAAAACAGGUCUGUGUAUAUAUACAACUGGAAGGUGCCACCUAGUCAAUGUUGCAAGACAAUUGAAGAAUCUACUAUUCAUUUGUGAAUUAAAUUCUACUUAAAGUUAAAAUUGUGUAUGUAUGUAUGUACGAGUUUUUCUGUGGGUGUUUCGGUGUUUGACAGUUUAGCUGUAUUUUAAUAAAAAUGAUUGUUCUGUGCGAGUUUCAUACAAAGACCUGUCGCUGAUUUUCGUAAAAAAUAAAGAUUGCAACAAUCACAAGCUUAUAUGCUCGCUCUAUUUGUGAUUGUCACGUCAUUCCAAGUUUAACACAUUGACUGUCCAAUGAGCCACAUAUGGCUCAUGGACCAUAUUCUCCAUGCGUCCAUGAGCCCUAUGUGGUACAUAAAUUCAUACAACUUUUAUAAGUUGGACGUGGUAGUACGCACACAUUUUUUGUAUGUGGGCGUUAGAGUAUUCCUUACUCGACACUUUAAAAAAAAAAUUAUUAAAAUCGAAUGAAAAAUAAAGAUUUUAUAAACUUUUUAUUUUUUUCGGUUUAAUAGGUAAAAACGUAAAUUACUAACAUAUAUCUAAUGGUUUUCUCCAAAGCAAGGCACGCAAAAUGCUUGAUUGCAGGAUUUGCAGAUAGUGUUGACCCUCUUAGCUUUUUUUGCAGAUUCUGAUGCCGAAUUGUUUCCGCGCAGUUUCCCUUAGCAUCCGUGGCAACGGUUUCUGUAGAGUUUGUUAUUAUCUCUAGGCAGUUCUUCCAGUAUGUGAAUAGUUUUUUUGGUCUUGCCUCCAGAACCGCCAUCGUUAUUAGAUUUUCUUUUUAACAUCUCGCUUAUUAGGGAUUGUCUCAUUUGCAAAAGAGAUACUUGUACUUUUUUUGGACGUUGUUCAUUAUAUAUAAUCAGAGUGUUUACAACGAGUGUUCCACAAAUAAUCUCUAUGGCGAGUUUUUUAUACCAUGUCAAUGACUUUCUUUGACAAGUGUAGUAGCUGGCAAACUGAUCAGAUAUAUCCACCCCUUGUUUUCCUUUAUUGUAGUCCAAAAUGGCAGAAGGUUUAAUCUUAUCUUCGCCAUUUCUUUUUUUUCCACAAGUUUUCAUUUCAUCAUCAUGAACAGUUGAGAGAAAAAGAACGUGACGCUGGUCUUUCCAUUUUAAAACAGUAAUACAGCCAUUUUGUCUUGAGAUUAUUUCGCCCUUGCGUAAUUUGUGUAUAAUUACUUCUUCUGGCAGACCACGCUUAUUUUUGCGUAAUGUUCCCAAUAGGUGGGUGUUUCGAUCAUAGAGAUAUUUUGCAAGUUGCAGGCUAGUGUAGUAGUUAUCAGUAAUUACCAUUCUGCCUUCAUUUAAAAGAGGUCUCACUAAUUCCACUACAGUGCUUCCUGGUAAAUCAAGCCCAUCAAUGGCGGUUGAUACACCGUCAUAUAUUUUUAGAUGCCAGGUAUACCCAUUUGGAGUACGUACCUUGUACAACUUGAUUCCAUAAGAGCAGCGAGCUUUGGAAGGAUUAUAUUGUCUGAAUUUUAGACGUCCGCGAAAAGGCACCAUUGUUUCGUCUACCACCACAGUAUCACCAGGACAAUAAACAGUUUUUAUGUUGUUUUGAAUGAUGCUCAAUAUUGGAUUUAUUUUAUCCAGCCUACUGGUGGACGGAAGUGUAUUGUCCUGAAAAUGCCAGCAUUUGAGGAGUAGUGUAAAUCGAUUGUAGCUGAUUGGUAUUUUGUGAAAUAUUUCGUGGUAAUAAAUUGGAUCUUUUUUCCAGUAGCUCUCAAUGGUUGGAAAAUUGAUAACUCCCAUUAGCAUGAUGACUCCUGAAAAGAAAAACAAAGAAAUUACAAACAAAAUAAACGUAAAAUUAGGCUAUAUAAAACAAUAUGUUCGUAAAAGAUCACAAUCUUUGUAAGCAAAUUUUAAUGAAACUAAAAAAGAAGCUUUUUGUUUAUCGGUGUAGGGGCUAUUGUAAGGCAGUCAAACAUAUUGUAAGGCGGUCAAACAUACACAUAGACGUUAUGAACCAGAGACCGCUAAUUCAGGUCAAAAAACCCCAAAAUAUUACAUUGUUGAUGUAAACCAAAAUACAUAGUAUUCACUCACCAAUAAACAAUUCCAUUUCAUCUUCAUUGGUGUCAUGCCAUCUGGAAAAGCGGGAAGAUGUUCGUGGUUUCUUAUUUGCUAUUAUUUCACGUGCACGCACAUUGGUUUGCUGGACCAUAAGUUGUAUUAUUUCAUCUGUCAGAAAUAACCUAUAUAUAUAUAUCUCGUACAUCUUUGCCUUCAAUUGGAAUUAAUGUUCCUUGGGUUCCUGUGAACUGAAAUUUUUUAAACUGCAAAACACAAUCCGACCAAAAUAAGCUCAAAUCUUCUUCAUUCUGAUGAAUGAACUCAGCAAACCCAAUAUCAUCACUAUCUGAAUCAAUCUCCUGAUUACUCUCAGACUGCUCACUCGAAAUUUCACUGCCGCUGCAAAAGUCUGGAUCGGCAAUGCUAUGAUCGGAAUCGAAAUCCACUGAUCCAUCACUUAUUUCUGAUAAGUGGUUUGCAUAAUACUCUAGCUCCUUAUCGGUGAGUUUUUUUUCUAUUUUCAGACAUUUUUAGUUCACUAAAAAAACUACUAGGUUCACCAAGUAAAUAAAUAAUUUGAGGUUAAGUUAAAAUCGUCUUCUUUUUACUUUUUGGUCUAAUGCGCAUGAGCCAUAUGAGGCGCAUGGGACGUUAUCAUAAUCUGAACUACAUAUGGAGCAUGCCAUAUUUAAUGGUGGACGUAUGGGUGGAGUUACUAAUUUGCAUAUGGACAGUUAAUGUGUUAACACUAUAGUUAUGCAAUUCUGUAAUUUAUCCCUGUCAAUAGUUUCAAACGCCCUUUUGGAUUACAAAAUACUGUCACUGUAUGCUUCCUAUUGUUCAUAUGCUAUCUAGAACAUGAUAGUGCCACCUAGUCAAUGUUGCAA